AUGGUCAAUGGCCUCAAUGAUGGUCUCGAGCGAUGCGGUCAAAGGCAAAGCGGCGAAGAAGAAAAGGCGGCCCGGGUGGGCGGCACACAUGCGGUCGAACUCCUCGUUCACAUCGCGGGCCAUGACGCCCGACUCAGAGGCGUCGAUAAAGUCGAGCCAUGGGUUAGCCAGGGAGACGACCGAGAUAUCAAUUUUGUGCAUGUCCAUGAAGUGCACUUUUUGCUCAAGCGAGGCAUAGUGAGAGGUCAGCGGCCGGCCCGGAGGCUUUGCCGCAGGGUCCUUGGUAGCUUCAUCAAGAGCUUGCUGUUCCGAGGUGAGAAGGAUGAGGCGCGGAUCAGGUGUCUGCGGGAAGCGGCGCACAACGGGAAUGGUGGUUCGAGAUUCGAGGAUCUUGAUGUACGACGGGGGGUACAUGUGAGUGUGGAUGUCCACCACCUUCAUGGGUGCGGAAGAGGCCAUUGUGUCUUCAGCCCGAAAAUGAGUAUGAGUCUCUUGAGUUUCUUCUACUCUAUGCUGAGAUGCGGGGUAUGUGGUUUGCGACACAGGUGUUUUUUUUUUUCCUGUCUGUCGUUGGUGAGCCCCUGUUCAAUCGCGUGUGGUGCAGUUUUCUAG